AUGUCUUCAGAUACACGCCAAAGGAGAUCAAGGUCACAAGCCCCUUCCCAGCAAUCAGAAGCGAGGAUCCUCAACCAGCAGAAUGCGAUAGCGGAAAAGACCGGAAGAACGCCAGCAGACCUGCAGGGGAUGUUUCCCACCGCUAAGCUCAAGUUCUGGCAGGAUCUAAAGAAACUAGUUGACUCUCAUUCCGAAAGACAUGGCUGGGUUACGAUUCAUGAGGCAAUACAAGCCGAAGUGGCUCAGAGACAGCAGGGGGUACAGAUCAAGCUCAAAAACAGCCGCGUGGAUGCCAAUCGACUUGAGCAACGCCAAGAGGAGAGGAGAUGUCUGGUGAUCGCCCUGGAGUCCACGUUGUGCUUUGCGCCAUCGGCGACCCUGAGUCCUAGUCCCUUCGCGGGUCUCCUGCUCGACACACUUGACGUUGAGUUCUACAACAAGCUGGAGGAGGAACCCGGGGUUGGGCUGUGCUACAAUGCGGGUGCCAAGCACUAUGAGGAGGCAGAGAUGAAUGACGAAGAGCUUCCUACAGGACCAGACGCUGUGAGAGUGACCGUUCACGGGAUCGCUAUCACACUUCUAUGGGCACAGUACGCUGGCCGCUUUUCACGGUUGAGUUCAAGAGCUGGGACUGGCUGCAGCGGAAGGCGCCCUCACCUGUCAGAAGAGAGUGUCGACCAUCGAUUUGAUGUUGCAAGUCUUAACGACCAGAUUCGGCGAGCAAACCUUGUUUUCCCCAAUGACAUAUCACGUUACCCAACCCCUGAAGAGGACGACGCCGAUAUGUGUCAGCUGCCUGACGUCAAGAUUUUGGAUGCCAUUGCCGGCGACGAGACAACACCGCCUGAGUUCAGUUUCCGCCCCCAGGUCUGCUAUUGCCAAUCUCGGGAGUGCACGAUGGGAGAUUACCGGGGUAGGAUGAUCGUGCGGGGUUCUUCCAGCACAGGGCCCGGCGAUACGCGGACUGGUUCAUCUGACGACCCAAAACUCACCGAGUUGCUGAAAUGUCACACAAACUACAAUCAAGGCACAUACCACUCUGGAAAAGUGUACUUCCACCAGGAGCUCAGAAACUCUGUAGCAGAUUGGGGAGAGGUCAGCGUGUUCAUGGUGGGUGACACCAUCUUCUCGAUGGCCAUGUCCAGGGGUGUUUGGACCAACCCUGACGACCACCACUCCAGCUUCACCGCAGACCGCUGCCUCACCAACUGGAGCAAGAUCAACCGCGGUGCCCAGAACGCUACGAGAGAGGAAGCAUACCGCAAAGAAGCGGAGCUUCGAAGAUUUGCAAUCUUCCAGAGACAGGAACUCCUGAAGCGCAAGCCUCGCGAGUUCGAGUCGCUCAAAGUUGCAGUGCGGCUGGACAUUGGCAUCUCCGAGUUCACCAAGCAUGGCUUGUUCUUCGGGACGAAUGUGGCGCGAUGGCCUGGGGCUGACAUGCUGAGUGCGUGGCAGGUAGGGUCGCAGCCGUACGACAGUAUGUUUGAAGCGGUUGGCAACAAGUUUGCCUUGGAAUGUGGGAGGCUUACGGAGCGUGAAGAGCGUGAAGAGCGUGACGGACAUGAAGGGCAUCAAGAGGCUGAGGAGGGUAACGACCCAAACGAGAGUGACUUCACAGACCCCCCGACCGGUCUCUUAUCUGACAAUGAUUGA